AUGGUAGAAUGCUGUUGCUGUUGUAUCCCAAUACGAUUGGGGACUAUCAUUUUAGCAGCCAUUGCGUUGGCUGCAUCUAUUGCGAAUAUGUCUCUAAUAUUGACCCACCAUGAUACUUAUGUCGGCGUGGAUCAUGGGUUACGGAUUUUAUUUGCAGCUCUGUACGGUCUCAUGGCACUCAUUUCAUUCUUUGGCAUAGUCGGAUCGGUGCUGUCAAAUCGUCGUGCGGUUCGUCUUUUCUCGAAUACCUUGUGGUUCAUAGUAAUCGUCAACCUAGUGCUUAACGUUGCCACCCUCGUCGAGAUGUUCCAACACAAACAAGAGCUUAUUGACGCAUGUGUAGGGAAUGUUACUUCAGCUGUCGGCAAUGAAUUAAACAAUAUCACCGGGCCUGCGGACAACACCUUCAUCGGAAAUAGCGUUAACAGCACUACUACAGAUAUCACUAAUUCAGUGCAAGAUAAAUCGAGAAGUGCCUGUGAGAAGAUUGUCAAAAUUAAGUUGUGGGCUACAGUUAUUGGAUAUGCUUUGUUAACCAUGGUGAUGUUUUACUUCGCAGGAGUAACACAUCGUUUUGCCCGACAACUCGAACACGAAUUCCGUCAUCACAGGCUCAAAAGUCACACUGGAUACAGAGGAGGAGCACGACAGUCAAGUAGUCGGACUUCGGUUGCAAUGUCAAGCCUUGUAAAAAACCCAAUCGCUCUCGUGCUCGAAGAAUCCGAAAUAAAUCCUCAUACUCAAACUAUGACGACACUGACGCGUAACAUAACCCACGCAAGAAUGAUGCAGGUGGAAGAAUGGCAAACUUUUCGAGUUGAUCCAAACGAUAGCGGGAAGACGCAGGUGAAAAGUGAGGCGAGGAUUAUUAGUAAACUUGGUUGGGGACUAACGGAGAAAAUCGAGCGGUUUGGGGUUAGAAAGUUUGCAGAUAACACCAAAAAGAGUCGAAUGGGAAUGUCACAUGUACUAGAAAUGAUUCGCGAAAAUAAGUUUGGAGGCGGGUUCAUGCCUGGUGCUCGAUGA